AUGGCUCGGCGUAGCUCCGCCCGCCUGCGCAAUCGCAACUCGUCGACUCCCAAUAGAGUCUCGCUGUCCCACGAUGCUCCCACCGCCCGCACGCCGCGCACCGUGCCCACUAAGCUGGGCUCUCUUCAGGAAGACGACGAGAUGCCUGGCACGUAUCCACAGUCCGCGUCUCCCAAAUCGAGCUUGGCCCUGAUCCAAGCCGUUCCGAACAAUCUCAUUGCGGCGACACCGACCAAGGCCGCGCCGAUCAAGCCCGCAGCGCAAGAGAUGCACCCACAACUCCAUCAUCAGACGACCGCAAAGCCAAGAGCUGAGGCUCGACACCUGGGCUUCUCCAGCAUGGCGCCACACACUGAGCCGCCGAAAUACAACAGCAAGCUCGCGACUAUUCAAGGCACCCCAAGUAAGACUCGGAACCUAGACGUAGACGCCAAAUCUCCGAGCUACCAAUUCACGUUCCGUCGCGAGCACUCGCUGGAGCUCAGUCCUGAGGCGAAGAAGCUCAUGCAUGAGAAGCGUGAGGAGGCGACCAAGAUUCGGGAGCAGAUGGUUGCUGAGGGCGAGCAAGAGCCAGCCAUCGAUCACAUGCUGGCUUCUCGGAAGAUCGCCAAGCCCAAGGGCAGGUUCAGUCAGAUUCACUUGCAGCAAUUUGAGAAGAUGGACUCCAUUGCUGGACAUGCAUCCGCAUUCCGUCUGAAAACCGGGCCGAAUGCAUCAGCCUCUGGGGAGGAAUCGCAGAGCCUCAAGUCAUUGAAGCGAAGUCCAUCUAAGGCGGGCCUCGACAACCCAAGCUCUACACCGAGCCGACCUUCUUCACGGGAUACCGCCAAACCUCUCCCAGCGCCUCCUGGUACUCAACUGCCACGCUCGACCUCGACCAAGGAUCUUAAGUCGACCUCGCCGGCCAAGCGUGUCAAGCACACAAAUAGGGACGACAUUUUCGCCGCCCGUCCGAGCUCGAGCGACGGCGAGGAGCCUCUUCCAGCUACUCCUUCAACGUCCAGGCUCGCACACCUUACCACACCAACGCAGGCAUCCGCAGCGCGCUCUAAGGUCCCUGCAUCCACGAAGAACUCUGCCAUACCUGCUCCGACCUUCACUCCAGCAAAAGCUCCUGUCUCCAUACUGAAGAAGUCAAGUCAGGCCCCGAAAGAGAGCUCGUCUGCUCUUCUGGCACGCUCACCAUCAAAAGGGUCUCUUUUCGCAAAGCCUAUCAUGGGGAAACCAUCGACAGAUUCUGUGGGAAGCCCGCUGCUGUCACGCUCCCCAUUCAAACCAUCGGCGAAGGUAUGUAUACAGUUAUUCCUCCGAUUUCUCGCUCGCCAUGCUAAUCAUUUGUCCAGAAGCCAUCCGCUGCUGAAGACGGUGAAGCGAGUGCUCCGAAGUCGAAAGCUGCGCCGCUAUUGUCGCGCUCACCAGUCAAGACCAUGAUCGCAAAGACGACUUCUGGAGAGUCUGAAUCCGCCAAGGGCAACAUUGCACCAACUCCAUUCUUGUCGCGAUCUCCAUCCAAGAUCCCAAUGGCUAGCAUGGAACGGGAGCCUUUGGAGACCCCUGGGAAGAGCACAGCCAAUAAGCUGCUCGGCCGCUUCAACCUACUUCGCCAGUCUCCAAUGAAGUCUAUCCUACGCUCUCCACAGCGUCUGUACUCUGACGACCCGGCUAAGAUUGCUGCCGGUACCCACGUGGCAACACCUCCAAAGCAUGGGUUCGAAGCCAUGGAGCAGCCUUCAGGCUCCAUGCCGCCUAGCGCUCAGAAGCACGUCGACUUCUCCAACUCUACCAAAGCGCGCUUUGAGAAGGCGGAGAGCAGUACUCCUUCAAAGACGCCGACUCCAUCGCCGAUGAUGGAGCGCAAGGUCGCCUUGUCUGCCGAGCCAGAGACAGUCACGUACCCAGAGAUUUCCGAUGGAGUUUUGCUGAGCCCUUCUCCACAGAAGAGACGUCAGACAUCUGGGCCCGGAGAUUUCACAUUUCGUGCCGGAGAGCAGAACAUCGUGUUCGGCCAGUCUCCCAACGCGCCUGCAUCUGCCACUCAAGCCAAGCGUCCGUCCACCAUCCGCAUGGUCUCUGGCUACGCUCCGUCACCAGCCCCGAGAUCCGUCGUGGGCAGCAAGAAGCGCAAGUUUGAGUUCGAAAACGGCAAGUCGAAGGGUUCAAAAGCAGACAACGAUGCCAUGGGCACAAGCGACGACGGUGCGAAAACACCGAUCUUUAGCCCAGUGUCCGAGAAAGAGAACACGUCGGCGCCUGACGACGAGAACGAGGUGCAGGAGCAACGCCCUGCGAAGCGUGCCAAGCCUAGUGCUCUCAAUGCUGCUGCAAAGAAGUCCAGCGCGAGUGCCGCUACGGCAUCGAGCGCAGCUAGGCGUACGACGCUCGGGGUGAAGCCCAAAGGCGCGAAGACGACGAGCCCAGUCAAGCGCCCAAGCACCAUCAGUGCGGCUCGACUGAAUGCCUUGGCUCAGCCGAGGCGUCGUGGUUAA